CAGCGGUGUUGGCAGCACCUCAGCACGAGGGUUCUGCUUCACCGCAGCAACUGUUUAAAAGCCUAGGUGUAUCAGGAUGGCUGCUUCGCAGCUCCAGGAGCAGCAGCAUGGGCCGCAGGCACAGCGGCGCCAGCCUCAGUCCGAUCGCCAUACGAGCCAAGCCAAGGCCUGUGUAAGGCCGCCGCAUCACCGGUUGGCGUCAGUGGCGCAGCUACUGCCGACCAUAUUGCUACUGCUGCCACUGCUGCUCUCUCCACCGAUUAUGGCGGUGAUGGCGAGUGGUGAUGGCGGAAGCGGCACCAGCACCGGCAGCAGCGGAUUGAAUGAUGCCGGCAGCACACGCGCCGGCAGUAGCAGUAGCAGUAGCAGUAGCAGCAGUACCGUAGAUGCAGCCGGCAGCAGCACUGGCAGCAGCGAUGGAGGCAGUGGUGGGAGUGGUGGGGGAAGCGGUGGUAGUGGUGGUCCCGAGUUUCCAGUCAAUCCUGGGAGCCUGUUCACAGAGGGCGGCUUCCCCUUUGGCUAUGGCGGGCUGUCGGUGACCACUGCGGGACAGCUCGACGACCUGAUUGUACGAGCCAUAUUCAACAGGCUGUUCAGUUUCGCCUUCUACGGCUAUCUCGCCCAGAGCCUGCCCAACCAGCUCACACGCCCCAUAGACCUGCUGCCGCCGGGUCUGCAGGCGCGGCUGGGGCGGCAGGUGGUGACGCCGGUGGGGUAUGACGUGCUGGACAGGCUGGUGGCGCUGCUGGUGACGCCGCCCACCGCUGUACCGGGGGACCGGCUGGUACCGGGCGGCUGUACGGCGCCAGUGUACAGCUUCGGAGUGGUGGGCGGCAACUGCACUGUACAGCAGUCCGACGGAUCGGUCACGUGCACGCAGCCGUCCGUCCGGCUGGUGGGCACGCCGCUCACCUGCAACCUGCCGUACCGCUCCGCCUGCGCGCUGACUGGCCUGCGCUACGGCCUCAACCUGCCGCUGGGGCCCACUUCGGGCGGCUUCAUCGGGCCCGCGCCGGGUCUGUACCAGGCGGGCGUGUCCGUCAACCUCACGCGCGUGUGGCUGGGGUUCAACCUCAAUGCGCGCCGAGUGCUCAAUGAUUUCGGCGUCCUCAGGUGGUACGCCUACUUGGUGCAAUUCCUGUCAUUCGAGCUCACGCGCGUUGCAACCAGGCUCCUGGUGGUGCCGCUGGCGCCGCCGCCUGGCGCCGCCGCCGCCGCCAGUGGUGGUGGUGGUGGUGGAGCAGGCACAGGAGGUGGGAGUGGCGGCGGAGUUGUGGGCGUCGGCGGCGUGGUGACCUCCGGCGCAGGGGAAGGUGCGGGCACCCCCGCGGCGUUGGACGCGGGCGCUGGUGGCGUCAGCGGUGGCGGUGGCGGCGCCGCAGGCGGCGGCGUGGUGGCGGCGGGAGGCGCGGUUAACGCCAUGACUGGCGGUCCCACUGGCACUGGCGGCGGCGGCGGCGGUGCUGGUGCUGGCGGUGUAUCGGCGCUGCCAGGUGGCGGUGGGGGCGCCACGUCUGCAGGCGGCGCUGCUGCCGGCCCCGCAGCCGCGUCAGGAGGAGCAGCAGGGGGUGCAGGGGCGGGAGGAGCAACAAGGGGAGCCGCAGGACGAGCAAUAGGAGAGGGAGGAGGAGGAGGAGCAGCGGCAGGGGUAGGAGGAGGGGCGGGAGGUGAUGGCAGCCCAGCUGCUGGACCUGCAGCCAACGCUAACGGCGGUGCGAGCGGAAGCACGGGUGGCGGCGUGGGCAGAGGUGCGGCUGGCGCCGCAACUGGCGGGGCGGGUAUCGGCGCGAGCAGCGUUGGCAGCGACAGUAGCACCAGUAGCAGCACUGGCGGCAGUAGCACAGGCGGCAGUGGCCCACUGCCUCCGUUUGCACCGUGGCCUUCUGAGCCGGUGUCGGGGAUGGCGGUGGCUGCUUCGGGGCACGGGGCCAAGGGCACGGCAGGGGGCGACCAGGGCCCGUGGCCGGCUGGCGAUGAGGCAGUCCCUUGGAAGGCGCAGGACACCGGCGGGCAUGGCAACAGCAACAGCAACAGCAACGGCAACAGCAACAGCAACAGCAACAGCAACGUCGACGGCACUAGCACCACAGUAGCGGGAGGCUCCCCUGCAGGGCAGGGGCAGGGGCAGGGCCCAGGGGCGGGGCCCAAUGCUGCGGUCCCGCCAAGUGAAUCGACAGCGGCAGCCUGGACGCGCACGCCGCUGCCGGCAUCUCCUGAACAGGCUGUAGCAGCAGCAGCGCCAUCAAAAGCAACACCGGGCUCAUCAGGAUCGGGGGACAGAGCAGCUGACGUGUCCGCCUGGCGUGCGCAGCAGGCAGGCGGCAGCAACGGCACCACAAGCAACAGUAACAGUGGCGGCGGCGGGAGCGGCGGCGGUACUGGCGCUGGCGCCUCCUUGUGGACCGUGCAGCAGCAGGCGCAGGGACAGGGGCAGGGGCCGCGGGCACCUGCUGCCGGGGUGCCUGCGUCAGCGCCUGCAGAGGCACCGGCCCCUGGACCCGGCACCGGGACUGGGUCUGCUCCCCCAGGUGGCCUGCGGCAGCAGCAGGCGGGCCCCGGUGCAGCGGGCGGCCCCGCAGCACAGGAUGCUGAUGCUGGUGUUGCUGCCGUGUAUGAUGCGCCGGGGCGGGGUGCCCCGGCUGCUGACAACAGCGCCGAGGCCGAGCAUCAGAAGGGCAGUGGCAGUGAAGUUGCCUCUGUUUGGGCCCAGCUGCCUUUGAGGCCUCCUGCCACGCCGCCUCCAGCCACGCCGCGUCCUGCACCGCCUCCUCCUGCACCGCCUGCUGCUAUGUCGCCAUCGGAGGCGCCGGUCUUGCUUUGGCGCAGAGGCGCUAGCGGCAGUGGCAGCACUCGCAACACCAACAGCAGCCGAAGCAGCAGCAGCGCGUUCAAUGGCAGCAGUAGCACAGGAAGCGGCAGUAGCUCUGGGGGCAGCAGUAGCACCAGCCCAGGUAAUAGUCCCGGGAUAACGCUCGCUGACGUGGUGCAGCAGGCCGCGCAGCUAGCCGCCUGGCGCAGCAACGCCACCGCCCUGGCAGCCCUGGCCGACCACCUCCUCCGCAGCGGCCGCCCCGCCGCCGGCUCCGCUGCCGCCCUGGCAGCCGCCGCUGCCGCCGGCGCCGCCCAGGACGCCGCGGCGACUGCAGCCGCGGCCGACAACUCCUCCUCUCAGUCUGGCGGUGAUAGCAGUAGCAGCGGCAGCGGCAGCGGUGGAAGCAGCAGUAAUGAUGAGCAGUACGCGCAGGGGACACUUGGUGGCACGUUUAAUGUGCGGGGUGACACGCCCGAGACCCUGGCGGGCCAGCCGGAGCGAGACGCCUCCGGUCAGCGGGUGGCACGCGGCACUGCGGCGCAGGCGGCGGAGGACGCAGCACUGCGGCAGGCACUGAUGCUGCAGCUCACUGGCGGCAGUAGCACCGGCAGUAGCACCGGCAGUAGCACCGGCAGUAGCGGUGCUGGGCUCGGUGCCGAUGGCGGCAGUAGCAGUGGUGGUGGUGCUGACGGAGUGGGCCUGCCGGGCUCGCGUUGGUUGGGCGUGCUUGGAGGUGGGGCGGGCACAGGAGCAAGCACAGGCGCAGCAGGGGGAGGAGGCGGAGGUGCGGCCGGCCAAGGAGGCAGCAGUACCACAAGCAGUAACAGUGGCAGCGGCAGUAGCAGCGGCAGUAGCAACACGCGGUGGCGCUCGUGGCUGCCAGUGCCAGGCAUCACCCCAGGGUUCGGCGACGCGGGUGCGGGUGUUGUGCCAGGCGCUGGUGCUGCCGGCUUUGCUGGCUUGGGUGCAGGCGCUACUGGCUUUGACAGCGGUACUGCUGGCGGUGUUGGUGAUGUGGGUGGGCUGGGUGCGGGCAGCACUGGAACUGCAGGGUGGCUAGGCGGGCUGUCACCAGGAGGCGGGCGGCGCCGAGUGCAGCAGGUGGGAGAGGAGGAGGGGAAGCAGCAAGGGCAGCAGCCGCAGCAGCAGUCGGCACAGGGGAGUGGAGAGGGGGAUAUCCCGCUGGCGGAUGCGCUUCGCGCCAGCUUUACACAAGCAUUGCUAGGAGACUACGACUACGGCAGUCUUGGGAGCAAUGAAUGGUCUGGGGCUGGCAGGGGCGUGGGGGGCGGCGCGGCGCGUGCUGGCUCGGGCGCGGGUUCUACUGAGGAGGGGCUGCAGGAGCCUGCACCUGGUUUCGGUGACGGCGGGGAUGCACAGCUUUUCCUGCCUGACUCGCUGAUGUGGCUGCUGGAGGAAGAAUACUAGUUGAGGCGGAUGGGCUCGCCGCGGUGGUUGGCAUCGGGUGAAGGCACUGGUGCCGUCGAGGGCAUGGGUGGGCAGCGUUGGUCACCAAGGGCAUCAUUGCUGGACACGGCGGUUAUCUAAGGGUUUGUCAUAGUUGUAAUGUAACUAGUACAACUC